AUGGAUGCAAAGCAGUUCGCAGACUUCAUGGCGAUCCAGCGGCAAAUUCUGGAAAAAGUGUCCACCAACACGGCAGCAGGAACGGGUGGGGUUACAAACCUUAAUCUUAGUUCCAAUACAGCACUAGUGCCGAAUUUCGAACCAUUUGACGCCGCAAAGGAAUCGUUCCGUAAUUACAGACUACGUUUCGAAAACUACACUAAAAUGAAGAACGUGCACACGAACAACAAAUAUUGUGCAAACCUUCUACUCAACUCAAUUGGCGCCAAAAGUUUUAACAUUGCUAUGACCUUGGCUUGUCCUAAAAGUCCGAGUGAACUUGAAUAUAGUGAACUGGUCACACUUCUACAAGCGCACUUAUCACCGCAACAGAACGUUCUAGUCGCGCAACAUAAAUUUUUAUCGAAAUAUCAAGCGGAAAGUCAAUCAAUAGCUGAAUACGUAGCAGCUUUACGAACGGACAUUGGAGAUUGCGACUUCACAUUUCGAGAGCAACUAUUACAAAGCCAAAAAGAGGUAACCGCGUUUACAGACAUCGUCGAAAAGGCACGUGCAUUAGAAGCAGCUAAAACCGAUUCAAAAGAGCUCUCACAAAAACCGAAUCAUUCAACAACAGGCGAAAUCAACAAAGUAAAUGGGAAAAUUUUGGUACAAGGAGAGCAUAAAGGUAAUGCGAUAACAGAUGAAAUAUAUAUCGUGCCAGAAGAGUAUACAGCGCUCCUAGGGCGUAAUUGGAUUAGGAAGCUCAACAUAAAUUUGAACGAAAUCAACUCUGUACAUUUAACAAAUCCUUCAAGCGAUAUAGAUAUUAUCAAAUUAUUGAGCGAUCAAUUUAAAUCAAUCUUUGAAAGCAAAGUUGGUUGCGUCAAACAAUACACAGUGUCGCUUAAGUUAAGGGAUGGGGCAAAGCCUAUUUUUAAUCGUGACCGUGAGGUUCCAUAUGCCUUAAUUCAGAAAGUUAAUCAAGAGCUUGACGAGUUAGAAAUGGCGGGAAUAAUUUCAAAAACUGAGAUUAUCGAUUGGGGAUCCCCCUUGGUAGUUAUACCAAAGGUGGGCGGAGGUGUACGCUUAUGUGUCGACUAUAAAGUAGGAGUAAAUGAACGUCUAGUGGACGCACAUAGUCCGAUAAGGAAAACAGAAGACAUAUUCAAUUGCUUACGUGAUUCAAUGUAUUUUUGUAGGCUAGACCUAUACAAAGCUUAUUUACAUAUACCAGUCGAUGAAGAUUCGAGCAUAGUACAAACGAUAUCUACACACCGCGGCACAUACAAGGUGAAUCGUUUAUCCUUCGGUAUUAAGACGGCACCAUCCGAGUUCAACCGAAUACUUAAUCAAAUACUCCACGACGUCCCAAAAACAGAAGCAUACUUCGACGACAUUAUAGUUCACGGGGCAACAAAACUAGAAUAUAAUCAACCAUUAGUACGAAUUUUCAAUCAAAAUGCGGAACUACCACAAAUGAGUUUUUCGCGCCUUCAAAGGUAUGCAGUUUUUCUUUCCGGUUUUGACUAUCGAGUCGUUUACAAACGAGGGAUAGAUAACGCUAACGCCGACUGCCUGUCUCGAGCUCCAGUAUGUUCGCCACAUCUAGCGGACACCAUUAUCAACAAUGAAAUCAACCAACUCUGUGAAUCGACUAUACAACAAAUUUCAACGCUAAAACUAAAUCAUAAUACUCUCAAAUUAGAAACUGAAAAAGAUAGCGAACUCUCCGCACUAUUGCAAAAUCUCAAAAACAAGCGGAUAGAAAAUACAAUGUUUACAAUCAACAAUGGUAUCAUAUUUAGGGGUCAACGCGUCGUAAUACCUGCAAUCUUACAACGAUUGGUACUAAAAGAGCUUCACCUUACACACAUGGGUAUUUCAAAAAUGAAACAACUAGCUCGCAGGUACGUGUAUUGGAAAUCAAUUGAUAAGGACAUCGAACAACUAGUCAAAGAAUGUGUCGCAUGUUCAACGGUUGGGGCCUGCCCUCCAAAAGUCAAAUUACACACAUGGGAGGAACCAGAACAAAACUGGCAGAGGAUCCACAUCGAUUAUGCAGGGCCUUUUCAAGGAUAUCAUUAUUUGGUCGUGAUAGACGCAAAGUCUAAAUGGGCUGAAAUUGGGCUGACAAAUAUAGCACCAACAUCCAGUAUAACAAUUGAAAUGCUAAGUGACGUAUAUGCAAGACAUGGGUAUCCGGAUGUAAUUGUAUCCGACAACACCACAAUAUUCACUAGCGACGAAUUCAAGCUGUUUUGCUCAAGUCAUGGCGUCUUCCAAAAGUUCAUUGCACCAGGCCAUCCAGCUACGAACGGGCUAGCCGAACGCAAUAUUCAAACGUUGAAACAACGUCUUAAAUGUAUGACAGACGACCCUCGUCCUAUGCGAAAAAAGUUAAGAGAAAUACUUUUCCGCUACAGGUCAACGCCCGUGAAGUGUGGAAAUACUCCAGCAGAACUGUAUCUGGGAAGACAGAUACGAAUUCAAUUUGACACACUCAAACCACCUAAAGUGGAUAGCCAACGUACCGUUCAAAGACAUGACGUUCGUCAAUUAAAGGAGGGAGAGAGAGUACAAACCCGUUAUUACAUCAACAAUAAAAAGUCAUGGAAAUUCGGUACAAUCAUCAAAAAGUUGGGUCACCUUCAUUACAUGAUCAAAUUAGACGAUGGAUAUAUUCUCAAGCGCCACAUAAAUCAAUUGCGCGCAACAAGAGUUCCAUCACAUACUCCAACAGCGAGUUCGACUAACACGUCAUCACAAGAUUGUGAACCAGAUAGUUGUUCCCCAAAUUUACAGGACCUCGUACAGGUUCCAACGAAUACAGAGAAUCGUCCAAGGUUAUCUGACAGCGAAGGACACAACACUCCGGUAACAACAACACCCCGGAGAUCCGAACGGCAGCGUCGGGCACCAGUAUACUUGAAUGACUACCGACGUAAUACUUAA